UACGUUAGCAUCUAGCCAGGAACCAGUUCAGCUGACAGCUUGUGUGAGUUAAUGCCAACUGGAACAUCACAGAGGACUUGUUUUUUUUACAGCCCACCCUGCGUUCCUUCAUUGGAUUAUUUAGUCCCGACCCACAUUUAGGUGUGGGAGUGUUGUGGGGGGAGAGCCACGUGUACAGGAACUAUUUGACAGCUGACUGGAAAUUGCAGGUCUGUAUGACUGGGGAAGUUCAGCUAAUAUUAGCUAGCUAGCCAUCUCUCAACACCGAUAAGUCCUUUUUAACUUUCACCUCAGUGUCGUUUUUGGGUCUUCCUUCUCGACAGGUAACUAUGGCUGUUUGGAGGAAACUGUGGUGCAGAAACCUGCUGUCGGUGUCCCUGCUGUUCUGCAUCCUGCUCCACACCAUAGAUGUUCACGCGCGGCCGGCCAACAUGUCGGCGGCUAAAGAAAAAUCUCCCGUGCCUAAGGACGACAAUGAGAUUCUUCCCCCGGACCACCUGAACGGGGUGAAGAUGGAGUUGGACGGCCACCUCAACAAGGACUUCCACCAGGAGGUUUUCCUGGGAAAAGAGAUCGAGGAAUUCGAGGAGGACUCAGAGCCGAGGAGGAACAGGAAGAAGCUGAUUGAGAUUUUCACAAAAGUUGAUUUCAACAAGGACAGGAGCGUAAGCGCCAAAGAGAUGCAGCGCUGGAUCAUGGAGAAGACGGAGGAGCACUUCCAGGAGGCCAUGGUGGAGAACAAGAACAGUUUCCGUGCCGUGGACCCCGAUGCUGACGGUCAUGUGACUUGGGACGAAUACAGAGUGAAAUUCCUGGCCAGCAAAGGUUUCAACGAGAAGGAAAUGGCCGAGAAAGUGAAGAAUAAUGAAGAUCUGAAACUGGAUGAGGAAACUCAGGAGGUUUUGGAGAGCCUGAAGGACCGCUGGUUUCAGGCGGACAACAACCCCAACGACCAGCUGCUGAACGAGCAGGAGUUCCUGUCCUUCCUCCAUCCUGAGCACAGCAAGGGCAUGCUGCAAUACAUGGUCAAGGAGAUUGUGCGCGACCUAGACCAGGACGGUGAUAAGAAGCUGACUCUCUCCGAGUUCAUCUCCCUACCUGUGGGCACCGUGGAGAACCAGCAGGCGCAGGACAUCGAUGACGACUGGGUGCGAGAGAGGAAGAAGGAGUUCGAGGACGUCAUCGACUCAGACCGGGACGGCAUCGUGACCAUGGCCGAACUGGAGGAGUACAUGGACCCGAUGAACGAGCACAACGCCCUGAACGAGGCCAAGCAGAUGAUUGCCGUCGCAGAUGAAAAUCAGAAUCACAAUUUGGAGCUGGAAGAGAUUCUCAAGUACAGCGAAUACUUCACGGGCAGCAAGCUCAUGGAUUACGCCAGAAAUGUUCACGAGGAGUUUUAGAGACGAUAGAUCCCCUCUCUAACUGCUUCAGAGACACGCCGGAUGGGAGGCAAACUAAUGAUGGGAUGUUUGAGUGUGCAAUUUUGUGUUGAAAGCCCCUUUUUAGACUCCAAUAGAGUGGUGCAAGGAUGAUGGAUUUUUGUACGCUGACCUGGAAGUUAGCAUCGUAAGGGCUCCCUCUACAAAAUUGCAGUUUGAAUAUUGUCUAAAAUGAGAUCUUUGCCAUACACACGGUAAUGAUACUUGCACUUUCUGUUCAGCAGAAUAAUCUUCACGUAUUAACAACACUUGAUUUUUUAAACGCUAACGUUAGGCUACAAACAAACUACAUCACGAUAGCAUCACCACCGCCGUGCUAACCGUGGCUAAAUCUCAGUGUGAUGACAUCUAGCUACUUGUAAGCAAGUUUGUAUGCUUAUUUUCUUUAACCACAGACCUUAUUUCUGACUAAAAUCACUUUAGAAAGAACACUGACGAGGGAUCCAGAAGGGGUGAAAUGCGAACUUUUUUCCAGGCUUUAGAACUCAUUCCUGCACCGCUCUAUGAAAACAUCCAUCCAUCAUCCCUGGACUGCCAGCCAGUGAAGUCAAUAAGGUCUGUGAGACAUUAUUCUUUGAAAGGUUCAGCCCUGAAUCAAAAUGUGUUUGUGUGAUAUUGUGAAAUGUGUGCAUAUGAGAAAUGUUAACCCUCACUAGACGCUUCCAUUCCUGAUGCAGUGGGGAGAAAUCGCAGCGAGGCCAUGUUACCAUUUAUUCUGCAGGAUCUGCCCUUUCCUUUUUGUUUCCGUUUUGUUUUUGCUAGCCAGUCUGUACACAGUGUAAAUACUUAAUUGUCGCGUAGCAACGCCUCUGUCACAGAGACACGCUGAGAGAAUAUAUUAUGAACGCUGCUAAGAGGACACACCCUAUAGAGAUGCUAAAAUAAAAGAUGCCCCAAAAAAAAAGGUCUUUCCUAAGAAAAGGUGACCUGUUUGCAACUCUGCUCGUUCCCAUUGUAGAUAAUAUCCGUCCUACUUAUAAACAGGGUAACAGUACAGAUGUAUAGCUUUUAAAAGUUAUAAAAGCCUCAGUGAUGUACAGGGAUCCUGCUCAGCACACGUCACAGUUUGUUUUCAGAGUAAUAUAUGAGAACAGUGUGCCUUUUCCCCCAGCAGACAUUUUGGCUUAAAACAACUCACCUGUGUGUGUGUGUGAUAGGUCAAAAUGUCCCCUGUGUGUAAAGGCCUAUUGUUUUGUUCUUCAUUCAAAAGCUAUCUUAAUUCAUGCUUGUGUUCAGAUGUAGAUGAAGAGGAAUGUAUUUAUUUGGAUAGCUACAUCUACAUUUUGGUCUCGUGUUGGUUUGCAAAGAAUGGUAGCUGACUCUCCAUCAUAUUUUACCUGUUAAAUAAGAUUUGAAGUCUUUUGGUUGAUUCACGAGUUUCAAAAUGCAUGGACGACAACAACGUUAUCGCAUUUCUAAUCAAUUCUGCUCGGAUCCCGCGGUCCUCGGCCUGUUUGGAUUGUAACAUAAGAUUUGUGAUAACAAAAUGGGACACAGCUUUAUAAAAAAUGUAUUGCAAUUACUGGUAAACAAUAAAUAGUUCUUAUUAAUUAAA